AUGGGUGAGUUCUUGGGUUCAACUCAAUUUAGCUCAAGCACAUCAGCCUUGUGUUCAUAAUGCAAACCAUCACUGAAAACAGGAAAUUUUUGCAAGUGUAUAUUAAAAUUUGGAAAUCUAUGUUAACAACAUAAGUUAGAAUACAAAGUAGUUCUUGAGACAUUAGACAGUCUGAAUAUAUAUGAGUUAAUAAAAUGUAUAAUCAGAACAAUCUUCAGAUCCUACUUAUUUUAUUGGAGGUAUUAAAAAUAAUAAACCUUGUUUUCAAAGGCAUUUUAUGAAUAGUGGGUACAGAUAGUUCUUUUUUCCUCCUAAACAGAUGAGCAGCAAGCUUUGAAAUCAAUCAUGCAGGAUUUGGCAGUCCUUCAUAAGGCAAGUCGCCCUCCAUUGCCUCUACAAGAAACAGGGAAAGCAAAAUCAUCUUCACCGAAAAAACAGGUAAUCCUGUAAUGUGUUUGUCUUACAAUGAAGAAUGUGUUUCUGCAUUUGAUGUGAGUGAUUUCCACUUGCUGGAAAUGUUCCACCUUGUGGUGUACAUAUUUUUGAAAUUAUGAAGUAAAUGAAAGGGAUAUAGUGUUGCAGAACAGAUCUUAAACAGAUGUGUCCUGUGUUCCAGAGUAAUGCAUAUCCCAAAUUCCCACUUCCCAAUAGUUUUUCUUCCAUUGCCAAAGAAUGUUGCUUCAAGUGUGUGAGAAUAUUUGUUGGCUGUCUGCAAUCCAGGGAGGAAUAUUCACAAAUAAUAUUUGUUCCCAGCUUUGUUUUCUAGUAUGUGUGUAAUUCUUUUACAGAAUGAUGUCCGAGUCAAAUUUGAACACCGAGGAGAGAAAAGGUAAAAAAAGAUAAUCCACAAGUUUCCAGAAUCCAUUCUGAAUGUUACAUCCAGUUGAUGACCUUCGGCAGAUGGAAGGCUCUUUGAUCCAGUGGAAUGGGAAUUGAGGCAAUAUUUAACAAUUCCCCCUAGAACUCCAACAUCUGCUGCAAAGGGUUACUGGACCCUUCAGAACAGUAUGGACUAUAGUAUGGGGUGUGUGUGUGCAAAAGGAAGAUGACUCUUUAAUAAUUACUGUGAUCCCUGUUUCACUGGCUAAAAAUUCCACUGAAUCAAAUUGUCUUCUGUCAGUGAAGGAAAACCAAUUGGAUGCAACCCAUAAUAUUUUGUAGCUUUAUGGAGUAUUGGCAAAGCUUGAUAGAGAAUAGAGAGAUGCCUGUCCAACGUCAAUGUUUAGAAAAGAGAAACUUAAGAAAUGUGCUAAAAAUGCAUGCAUAUGUGUGAAAUAUAUAUGUUGCUAUCUUUUGCUCCUAGAAUAGAAUAAGGAACAAUAUAUCUUAAUAAAAUCAUUUAUUUUGACACAUGCACACCCUAUAAUACUCCUGCACUGCAGGGGGUUGGACUAGAUGACCCUUGGGUCCCUUCAAACUCUACAAUUCUAAUUACACAUGCAAAGUAAGCUCAAUUAUGGCAUCCAGCUACUCCUGAAUCCCAAAGAAAACGGGGGAGCCUUCAUGCACCUGCAUCGUGGUUUGUGAUGGUCAGCUAGUUUCCGUUUCUGCUGAGUAAAUUACUAAUGUUUAGAGAGAUCAAACCUGGAAAAUGAUCUAGCUUCUGUUCUUGUGCUAAAACUGACUUCAGGUUAUUUUGGUGAACAAAUUUAUUCUGUGUUAGUAUUUCACCUCAAAUGACUGCACAGCACGUAUUUCAAAUCCUUAAGAUAGUUUGCCUUUGGCAUAAGAAUUAAUUUCCUAGAAACUCUUGGCCAAGUUGAUGUAUUGCAAUUAGGAGAGUUUUACUUUAAUAAGGUAUUGACUCACAUAGUUUAAGCCUGCUGCAGAUCUUAAAUAAAUGAUUUCUAAGCAUGGCUUUCUAACUUUAGAAAAUCUUAUAAUGGCUGAUAAAAUCUAUCUUCAGAAGUUGAUUAGCUUGCUAAUUCACUGUGCAAGUUUCAAUUUGACUACUACUUUUUCAGCUGCAGUAAUUAUUUGGUGUAAGGUGGGUUGAAACAGUAUUCCGGAAUAGUGCAAUUGUUUACCCAGCAGCAAUCAUGUACAUUCAAUGAUUCACCUUACUGAAUGUGGGGUUAUUAAUUUGGGUGCUGUUUUUGUCUUUUCAGUAAAUGCACUUUUUAAUAAUUUGAUUUUUAAGAGAGAGUGUGACACCUUAUGAAAACAUGCUUUUCUCCCCCCCCCCCCGGUAUGUCACUAUUCCACGAACAAAAAUUUAACUUUCAUCAUUGUCAUCAAUAGUUACGUACUUGUUUUCAUGUUGGUGGAUUUCCCCCCAUAUACCUAUACCUUGUAUUACAGAAUUCUACAGUUUCCUAGACCUGUCAAGUUAGAAGAUAUUGCAUCAAAAGCUAAAGUUGCCUUUGGACAGUCAAUGAAUUUGCAUUACAGCAAUAAUGAGGUAAAAGAAUGGUUCUUGAAUAGUAGUUGUUUGUGUUAUUCCUUAAUCACAUCAACUGUGAGUAGGUUGCAUUGUGACCUUGUUCUGUGUGUAUAUUUUUCUGCCUGUAGCUGGUGAUCCCAUUAGCUACACAGGAUGACCUGGACAAAGCGGUACAGCUUCUUGAUCGAAGUGUUCAUAUGAAGAGUCUCAAGAUAUUGCUUGUUGCCCAUGGAAACACACAGGUGUGUACAUGUUAUUUAUACGGAUGUAUGUGCGUGUGUAUUCAGAUAUCAUAUGACACAAGUGAACUUUCUGAAUUUAAAAUUACUCUUUGGGGCAUGUCCACAUGAAUCCAAAUCCAUUGGUCUGUUUUGAACUAGCUUUGUUUGGUUGUUUGUCUGUUAUGUGCUCAGGUGAAGAAAUCCAGAUGGCUGAUUUUCUGAAGCUCUGUUCAGGUGUUCAUUAUGAGGAUUAACUUAACACAUGGGGAUUAGAGAGCACCACCCGAACUCCACCCUCUUAGGUCACACUCAAGAAGGUUCCCUGAGGUCCUAGCGUUCCAAAAUAUGUGCAAGCCUCCAUGAGUAAGGAGGCUUCAUUAAUGCAGAUAGUUGCAUUUGAACCCACAGAGGGCAGCAGGGAAGAUGCAGAGCUAGUGUGCUCAUUCAUGGACACUCCCCUCCUCAUAUCUGAAUGCCUGAACAGGGACGAGAGUCUAUGGAGGGCAUGUAUUGUUGUGGCAGCACUGGAUUAGGCAGCACACUGCUGCUUUUAUGAGUUGCAGACUUUUGCUUCCUACUACUUGCCUCACCAAAGCAGUGGGAAGGGGUGAUGUAGACAUGACCUACGUCAAUUCAAAGACUGCUAGUGACUGUAUUUUUUUAAUCUGUUAGUGCUGAUAGCUGCCAUUGUGUGAAAGAUGGAUGCAAAAGUAUUUUUUCAUGGGCUAACAGGCAUUGGCAAACUUGGCUCUCCAGAUGUUUUGGGACUACAACUCCCAUCAUCCCUAGCUAACUGGGCCCAGUGGUCAGGGAUGAUGGGAGUUGUAGCCCCAAAACAUCUGGAGGGACGGGUUUGCCUAUGCCUGGGCUAGAAUGAUGACAAAAGUAGAAUAUUACUGACAGAAAUAGAAUAUUUCUUCCCAGUUUUAAAAUACUCUGGUUUACAUAUUUUAAAUCUUUGAAUUCCUUUGUUUUUGUAAGUGGCUUUUUGAAAUUCUGGUCCGAAAAGAGCUGCUAAGGUUGUGUAGGCACGGCAGCAAAUAGCACCUGUCCUCCUUAACAGUCCAUUCACUGAAAAAUUACAAGAGUGGGAGGAUUUCUUAUUUUUUUUAAGGGAUAAAUAAACUGCUCCAUGCUUUCACCUUCAGAGUAAUACUGAGCCUCUGCCAUCGCUGGAGGAUUUGGAUAAUACAGUUUUCAGAGUGACUGAGAGGAAAAACAGGCUUUCUGUAAUAGGUAAGCAAACUUCAUAUUCCUACAGUUUUGAGUUGGUUGGGUGGUGAGUGGAGGGAAUCAAUAUCUCUCAAUCUAAUAUACUUCACAGAAUUGAUGUGAGAAUUAAAUUGAGGUCAAAUUUGGAGAUGCAAAUGUAAUAAAUAAAAAGGUAAGCACCUGUGUGUGGGUGAGAGAGAGGAGACCAGCACAUUGAGUCUUAGCGCAGUGUGACUUUUGCACCCCUCUUCUCCCUCUGUAGCCCCUGUUCCCUCCCCAAAUCCUGGUUGGGAGGGUCAGGAGAACCCCCAGAACAGCAGCAGGCAGAGGACAGAGGAAAUCAUUCUGUCUGGCAAGCCAAAAUACUUGUGCUGACAGAACAAUCACUUAAGUGCAGCAUUGAACCCCACCCCUUUGAAUUUAUCUUCCCACCAAAAGAUAGUCAAACCUUAUUUCUUUUGUGUGCCUUGCAGCAUCUGUGGGCGUUCAAAUAAAUGUCACAUGCUUUGAUACUAAAAUCAUAUAAGUAGAUGAUUCUUGCUGGUAAAAGGAUUUUUAUAAUUUACUCACAUAUUUUAAAAAAUCAACAGGUUAUUAUAGUCGUGACAGAAGCUCUCCCCCUCCAGGAUACAUUCCAGAUGAGCUGCACCAGGUGGCCCGGAAUGGCUCAUUCACCAGUAUAAACAGUGAGGGCGAGUUCAUUCCAGAAAGCAUGGAUCAGGUGAGUGUUUUCUUUCAUUUUCCCUUCAGGGGCGACUGCAUUUCCUUUAAAAGGGGCUACUGCAUUAAGGUUUUGCUGUUUAAGAUCCUUUGUUACCUUCUUUGUUAUCCUGAUCUAACAGUGGACCAUGGCCAGGGGAGAUGCAGCUCUCCCAAAGGCAACUCUUGGUACAACUAUAUAUGCUAUGAUCCUUCAGGCUUAGCUAAGCAGUGUUGCAAGUGGCAGAAAGGGAAGGAAAAACCUCCCUCCUUUUCCUCCUUCAUGCCCCUGAUGCUGCUGUUGUUACUGCUUGCAAGGUAAGUGAAUGGGGGGGGGGAUAUGUUUUUUGGGAGGGUUUCGGGGAGCAAUGUGGGUUGGUGAAUAUUUACACAAGGACAUUUUUCUGAAUUACCAGAUUUAUUCAGAAAAAUGGAAUGAGAUUUUUCUCAUUCCCAUCCCCUGAAGAUCUCUGAUAAUUUACCAAUAAAAACUGAGGUGAGCUUGAGAAAAUGUGCUCAUCUCUAACACCAAUGCUUAAGUAUGCCCCGAAAUGAACUGGUAGCCACUGUAUCUCCUUAAACACUGGAUUAAGGUGUUCCCAGUAUCCAAAUUUGUGCUUGGCUAGUGUCUACUUAGGGGACGCGGGUGGCGCUGUGGGUAAAACCUCAGUGCCUAGGACUUGCUGAUCAUAAGGUCGGCGGUUCGAAUCCCCGCGGCGGGGUGAGCUCCCGUCGUUCGGACCCAGCUCCUGCCCACCUAGCAGUUCGAAAGCACCCCUAAGUGCAAGUAGAUAAAUAGGGACUGCUUUAUAGCGGGAAGGUAAACGGCGUUUCCGUGUGCGGCACUGGUCUGGCUCGCCAGUUGCAGCUUCAUCACGCUGGCCACGUGACCCGGAAGUGUCUUCGGACGACGCCGGCUCCCGGCCUCUUGAGCGAGAUGAGCGCGCAACCCUAGAGUCGGUCACGACUGGCCCGUACGGGCAGGGGUACCUUAUACCUUUACCUUUUACUAGUGUCUGCUUAGCUCAUCAUGCAGCUACUGGGUUACUAACAGAAGUUUCUGAGACAUCUUCAAAGGUAGCACUAUGUAUAAUGUGUUACAGUAAGCAAUCCAGAAUGUUAGCAGAGCCUGGACAACUGUAGUCUGUGUUUCCCAGCUUGUUGCAUAUUGCCUAUGUAUGUUACACCCUUGUAGUGAUAGUUCUUCAAACUUCCUUGUACUUUUGUUUCCAGAUGCUGGAUCCGUUAUCAUUGAGCAGUCCUGAAAACUCUGGCUCAGGAAGCUGCCCUUCGCUUGACAGCCCUUUAGAUGGGUAAGAACCACAUAAUCUGCACUUCUUUCUGCUGUGAUCUUUAAAACAAUGAGGUAACAGAAUUCAGGUAGUGUUGUACACGAGGAUGUAAUAGUUCAGUGUUUCUACUUAUAGGGAUAACUACCCGAAGUCCCGGAUGCCAAGAGCCCAGAGCUACCCAGAUAAUCACCAAGAGUUUUCUGGUAGGUAAAACAAAUGCGUACAGCUUCUGAUGCUAUCCUUACAAAAUCUUCUACUGUAACUUCAUUGUGUGCCUGGAUGUAUGCAUAAAGUUUAACCUAAUAACGUUUUAUUUGUCUUUGAGGCUGUCGUAACAAUGACAAAAGUAUGAAAAGUAGAAACAACCCUAUGUUCAUACAAAAAUGUUUACUAUUUUUUGAAAUGUUAGUAAAUCAGUAGAUCAGUGGAGAUGAAGCAUGCACUUAUAAGCCGCAAAAAAUCAGUGGAGGCAGAGCAUAGCUAUUUGGAGGCAGAGCAUAGCUAUCACGGCUAAUAACUAUUAAUAGCCUUAACUUCUAUUAAUUUGUCUAAACCUCUUUUAAAACCAUCCAAGUUGGUGGUCAUCCUGUGGGAGUGAGUUCCAUAGGUUAACUAUGUGCUGUGUAAAGAAGUACUUUCUUUUAUCUGUCCUUGAUCUUUCAACAUUCAGCUUUGUUGGGUGUCCUUGUGCUAUGAUAGCAGGAGAAAAACUUUGUUCUGUCCAUUUUCUCUAUGCCAUGCAUAAUUUUACAAACUUCUGUUGUGUCACCUCCUACUCGUCUUUUCUCUAAACCAAAAAGCUCCAAAUAAUGCAGCCUUUCCUUGAGGGGAAUUACUCUGUCCCCUUGAUUAUUUUGGUUGAUCAUUUGACUAACUCACUUAACUUUUUCAUCCAAACCUAAAAUAGCCUAAUUGAGAAGAGGAACUUAAUUGUUUUUUCCUUUAGAUUAUGAUCUUCCUAUAUUUGAGAAGUUUGGCAAAGGUGGAACUUACCCUCGAAGGUAUCAUAUUUCAUACCACCAUCAAGACUACAAUGAUGGUAAGUUUGUGGGCCCCUUAACACUUUCGUGAAAGCUUCCCCCCCAAAAAAACACACACACCAUAAUGCUCUUUCCUAUCCAGAAGGGAGGCAAUUUUAAUCUUCAGUUGUGUGUGCUCUGCAAUACAAAAAAGUAUUUCUUGGCUGGUCUCCUUUCCAAGUUUGAAAUGUUCCUUAAUUCUUGAUCUGUUGUAUGCAAUCAUAACAGUGUGUGAUGGAUUUAAGAACAUAAUUAAUUUUCAUGAGUUUUCUGGAUGGCCUAGAGGCAGAAAUCACUGUUUGAAAGGGGGGGGGGGAGCAACCUAAAUGUAGGAUUGCUGCUUUAGGAACAUAGGAAGGUGCCUUGUACCAAGUCAAACCCUUGGUGCAGCUAUCUCAGUGUUGUCUACCCUGACUGUGCACUGUUCUCCAGGGUUUCAGACUAAACUCUCUCUCAGCCUUGCGUGAAGAUGCCAGGGAUUGAACAUGAUGUGCUUCUGCAUACAAAGCAGAUGCUCUACAACUUGGCCACUUUCAUAUUAUGUGCGUGUUUUAGGUGGAAUUUAUUCCCAAAUUAACUUCCAUUGGCUUCCAGCAUAACAAAUACAAAUAUUACACAGAGGCAGCUGAGUCGUGUUUCUUGCCGACAACUUAAUUGUGGAUUCUGCUGUUUAAAUAACUCUGGGAAAUUUUCCGUUGUUUCUUGUUACCCACGGGCAUUAUCGUAUCUGAAUCUCAUUACAAUUACUCCCAGUUUUAAUAAAGGUAACAGUGCACUAUAUUUUACUGCAUUGUACUAUAUUUUUAAAGCCAUAGUUGCCUUCCCACAAAAGAAGUUCUCUAUUUGCAGAAAGGGCUGAGAUCCUGCAGAGUCUCACCCUGGAGGAAAGAAGGGAGAGAGGGGAAGGCAGUAUUUGCAAAUUUUCCACUGCAGCCCCCAGCACCACCCCAAGUUCUAUUCCGGAAUGGCCCUCAACCCUUUGGAACAGCUUUUCAGGGGGCUGUAAGGGGAAGGAAUGAGUGGAAACUACCUUCAUCUGGCAGGAGUGUCUCAUGAGGAGAGAUCUAUUUCCUCGUUGUCACAGAGGAGCAUAGGACGCUGUCUUAUUCCAAGUCAGACCUUUGGUCCAUCUAGCGCAGGGAUGUUUACCCCAGUGGUUCCCAGUCUUUUUUGAUACGGCAACCCACGUCAAAAUUGACUUGGUAUGGUGCCCAUUGAUUUAUUAUCACAUGAAUUUAGGACCUUAGGUCCUCAUGCAUUUUAACUACAAGUUUGCCAGUUUUAUAGUCAUUACUUGAGGCAUCCAGGCAAAAAUUUCCAUAACACUUUUCAGCCACCAGAAGGCGGUUUGCAAAUGCUGUAAUGCAAAAUUUACUCUUUCCCAUGUUCAGUUACAAGUUUCAAUACAGCAUUAUAAUAAAAGUUGUAAGAGGUAUUCAUCCUACCAAUGAAGAAUUAUAAGCAGUACUUAUUUUGGGCUUACUUAUAACGCCCUUGGCCAACUUGUACAAGCCUUGUGCCCCACUUGCAGGUUGGAACCCACUGGCUGAGAAACACUUGCCUACUGACAGGCAGGGAAUCACCAGGGUUUUAGAUAGGAGACAUUUUCCUGUACAUGCCAUCAGAGAUUGAAUCUGGGACUGCCUGCCACUGAGCUGUGGCCUUUCCCCAAGUUAAGUUCCUCCUUCCACACAGAAAAAGUUGUGUUAAGAGUUGGAUCCGAGUCUGCUGAAUGUGUACAAUCUUCCAAGAGAUGGUCCUAGAUUUGUUUCCUUUGGAAGGUAUUUCCUUAUUCCUCAUUCAUCCAUGCACUUUUCUUUAUUUUUUAAUCUAGAGGUAGCAUGCUCUGUUCAUUUGUGAUUGCCAUUGAGGUAGAAAAGUGUGGUUCUAGUCUAUCCAGCAUUCAGUUAUUGUCCUUUGCUUCCAGUGGAAUGUACAAAUGGAAAUAAUGUUUCAUGGUCCUGUAUUGUAGGUUUCUUUGUUCAUUUCUGCAGGCCGUAAAACUUUUCCACGAGCUAGGAGAACCCAAGGAAACAGCUUACGAUCCCCAGUUAGCUUCAGCCCAACUGAUCACUCAUUGAGUACAAGCAGUGGGAGCAGUGUUUUCACUCCAGAAUAUGAAGAUGGGCGGAUGCGAAGAAGAGGAAGUGACAUAGACAAUCCUACUUUGACAGUCAUGGAUAUCAGUCCGCCUAGCCGCUGUAAGGAAAAAAGCUGCAUAUAAUGCCAUGUGACAGACAAGUCCAGUAAAAAUAAGGUAACUUUAAAAUGAUUGCAAAAGGAAUUGUUUUUGAGAGAACAAUCAGACUAGCAAAACAACAACCCCAUACCAAAAUAUAUAUAGCGCAAUACAAAACAGAUUUCUUUUUCCAUUCCCAGUUGCUGAACAUGGCUGAAAAGUAAUAGUCACUUGACAGUGUAAUAUUUUGGAAUCUUUGGGGUCAAAUGGGUCCCUUUUUUGUAAAUUUGUUAUUAAAACCUAUUAACACUAAAUCUUGAAAAACAAAAACCUCUGGAACUUAUUUUGUAAAUUUCCUUUGCCAAAUCAUCAGUAAAAUCUGUUGAUGGCAGUCGCUGUCAUGAUCUUCUGGCAUCUGGGCCAACACUUUGUUUCAGCGUAAGACUCAAUGUAGUAUGGUUCCUCCAUGCUAAUAACAGCCAGUGUGGGUGGAAAUGAAUAAGGUACCCCAAAUGCUUGACAGAUUUUCUACCCCAUAGAAGUGCUGGACUGUACACAAUUUUGUGCCAUCACAUAGGGGAUACUCUCCUAGAGGUGGUGAUGUCUGAUUUCGGGUGAACCCAAGCUUAGCUUACUCAGUUCUCUAUCCCUAUAGGUAAAGGUAAAGGGACCCCUGACCAUUAGGUUCAGUUGUGGCCAACUCUGGUGUUGCGGCGCUCAUCUCACUUUAUUGGCCGAGGGAGCCAGCAUACAGCUUCCGGGUCAUGUGGCCAGCAUGACUAAGCCGCUUCUGGCGAACCAGAGCAGCACACGGAAACACCAUUUACCUUCCUGUCGGAGCAGUACCUAUUUAUCUACUUGCACUUUGACGUGCUUUCGAACUGCUAGGUGGGCAGGAGCAGGGACUGAGCAAUGGGAGCUCACCCCAUGGCAGGGAUUUGAACCGCCGACCUUCUGAUUGACAAGUCCUAGGCUCUGUGGUUUAACCCACAGCACCACCCACAUCCCUUCUCUAUCCCUAUAUCCACUGGUUAUUAACGUCCCCAAGGUGUCAGUUCUUGACAUUGUCUGUGGGUUGAACCUACUUGGCUUGAAUACAUGGCCCUCUUGUUCUCAUUUGGAAAUGCUUCAGGAGAAUGGCCUAUGGUGCCUGGAGUGGUCACUCCAUCCACCCUGUACUAAGACCAGCCAUGGCAACAUUUGCAACGAUCUGAACAAGGCAGCUUUUCGGAUCUUCAUUUUUUUGCUUGUCUGAUGAUUGUCUCAAAUAAUUUCUUUUGCUAUUAUUUUAAAGUUUGCAUGUACUUUCCCCAAUCUCUACUGGACUGCCUGUGUUCCUAUUUUUCUUUUCAAUUACUUUGAGUCUCUUUGUCCCGGUGAGUUCCUGUGCUGCUGUUUGCAUGUUAGCAGUUUACACCUACAGAAAAGUAGGACAAGAAUGACUUUCAUAUAAGCCUCCUGGCUCUUGUGAAGCAGCAGUCAGUGGUGCUCGUGGGUAGAGCCCCCAGGACUGUCCCCUUGCUGGAAAACCCACAUGUAAAGCAGCCCCCUUCAGACUCACCCUGAUUACGCAGCUGGAGUUUGUGCCCGACAUGCACAGUGACACUGAGACAAUGGAGCUCAGCCUGUGUAUUCCUGCUUGUCCCUUUCUGCAUUCCUACUGAAUGCCUGCAGAGGGCCUAUGUAUUGCAUGUGCCUAUGGUAUUUCUUUGGAAGAACAGCUGGCACAGACACCUGCCUAAACGUCAAAUACACACAGGUAUCUUGCAUUACUAGCUUCUAGCACUUUUGUGGGGAAAUUGGUAAUUCUAAAGAGAUACACCAUGGGCAUACCUGGGACAUUAGGAGGAAAUGUUUCAAUACAUUGUCCCUCACAAAAACUGUGUCAUAUUUAACAAAAAACUUUCCUCACACCUGACAGGGUAAAGUUACUAAGUUGUAUGUGACCAAGCAACUGUAAUGGUUUGUUGCCCUAACUGAGUACAUUGCUAUCAUAAGCAACUAUUUAGUUUCAGUCUGUACUAGGUGCCUCCUCAGUCCAAAGUAAUCUUUUGUGUGAGAUACUUUGGACUGAAAAGGUAUCUGGUACAGACUGAAACUAAAUAGUUACUUAACUAUUAACUAAUGUUCUAUCCUUAGAUGCAUGGAUAAGUUUUCAAGAGACAUCAGCAGCCUGCCUAUUAGUCACACUGCUGGGCUUAAUGAGUAUUUUCUUUGAGUUUUUGACAGAUGGAAAAUGUUUAGCAUUUUUACAACAUGCUAUGUUGCAAACUGCUCAGGGGAUAUUUAUUGAUGCACAUUUACUUUUAAUAAAUAAUAUUAAUAGCUUAAUGAUUUUUCUGCCAGAUAAAGUGCCACUUUUUAUUUUAAGCUAAUUUAGUUGCAUUAAGGUGAGGAAUGCAAGAGUAGUUUGUGGCUUGCAUUCUUGAUCAUUACUACAGAUUGUUGUCUUAAAGGUUCUCUUUAAAUACUUAUGUUGCAAAAUGCAAUGUGUGUAUGUAUCAAUUCUUGCUGAAACAUUCCUUGAAGUUUUGAUCUUCUGAUCCUUUUUCUUUAAGAAAUAGAAAUUGAUUUUUUUAUAUUCUGUUUUCAGCCCCAAGAGCUCCAACUAACUGGAGACUAGGUAAACUCCUGGGGCAGGGUGCAUUUGGCAGAGUUUAUCUAUGCUAUGAUGCAGAUACAGGACGCGAGCUAGCUGUUAAGCAAGUUCAGUUUGAUCCUGACAGCCCGGAGACCAGCAAGGUAAGAGUACUGGUUAUGGUUGGUUGGUUGGUUGGUUGGUUGGUUGGUGUUGUUAACCACUUUUCACACAGAGGAGUGUCCCAGCAUAAAAUACAUUAAAACUCAGUAUAAAACAAUAAAAAAACCUGAACAUGCUUAUCCAGUAAUAUGUGUAAUAGUAGGACAAAUCUUACUUACCUCAUUAACAGGAUGAGUGUUAAAAGUUUUUUAAAAAACUAAUCCUCUUUCCCGAUGUUUGAGCACAAACACUUUAGCCUGGCACCUACAAGCAAACAAUGAUUGCACCAGGCUUACUUCCCAGGGGAGAAUAUUCCACAAAUGGGCAGCCACCACUGCAAAGGCCUGUUUCUAUGUUGCCUCCCUCUGCACAUUCCUUGGAGGAGGCAGAACAGGACCAGGAAUGCAGUGUCCAGGUAGCUUCAUAUAUGGAGAGGUGCCUCAUGUAUCUGUUACCCAACUACUUCCAGAGCCAGUGAGGCAUAGUAGUUAGAGUGCUGGACUGGGACCUGGGAGACUAGGGCUCGAAUCCCCACUCAGUCAUGAAGCUCACUGAAUGUGACCUUGGGCCUGUCACUGUCUUUCCCUACCUCGUAGGGUUGUUGUAGGGAUUGAAUGAGGAGGGGGAGAACCAUGUACAAUCCACCUUGAGCUCCAUGUAGAAAAAAAGGUAGGCUAUGAAUGCAAUCAAUCACCAGUCAAUAAUAUUCUGAAAAUUCCCUGUAGUUUUAUUUUUGCUGCUACAAGGUAACUUUGCCAUGUGGACAUUAAGACGAGGUUGAAACCCAGGCCACUGUGCAGUGAAAAUAACAGAAUAAGGACUCUUAAAUUGCUCAGGUACAUUUCAAAGGGACUUGGAAAAGUCCAGUCUUUAUAUAAGAAAAUGGUAAUUUUAUGUAGUGGUACCAGAUCAAAUAAUAAGUACUAUCCAGUUUAGCCACUCUUAUUUAAUAGUUGGGGAUGGUGGAUUUGCUAAUUCCCCAAGUUCAAGGAUUUCUAAUAGUGAGCUAAAGGAUGAGCCCCAAUGUGGCCUUUGGAAGUCUUCGGUUCCAAGUGCAAGUUAAAUGAUGCGUUUAUUGUUGUUUGAAUCAAACCUGCUUGUCAGAUUCUGUUAAGGCUAAUCCUGUGCUCUUGCGUUCCAGGAGGUAAAUGCACUUGAAUGUGAGAUUCAGCUUCUGAAAAACCUUCUACAUGAGAGAAUUGUUCAGUAUUAUGGCUGCUUGAGAGACCCUCCCGAAAGAACACUCUCUAUAUUUAUGGAAUAUAUGCCUGGGGUAAGCCAGAGAUCUGGAUAUAGAUAGUAAUUUAAUGUGGGCUUGUUAGAGUUAAGGCCAGAUAGGGGAAGGGUCCUUAGAGGAUUGCUUCUACAAACUUGUGAAACAUUUUUAAAUGCAGCCAUUUUUUAUGCAAGAGUGAAUCUACUCUUAAAAGAGGCGCUACAGUAUUCUUAUUCUUCCUUUGUCUGUAGGGCUCAAUUAAAGAUCAGUUGAAGGCAUAUGGCGCACUCACGGAGAAUGUGACUCGGAAAUAUACCCGGCAGAUUUUGGAAGGAGUUCAUUAUUUGCACAGUAACAUGAUUGUACAUAGAGAUAUUAAAGGUAAGAAUGGGAGAAUUGUUGAAGGUGUGCACUUACCAAAUUGUAGAUAAGUAAUGUGGUUAGAAAAAAAUAACAACUAUUAACUAAAUGCCAGUGAUGAGCCAAAUCUUUAUGAUGAAAACAAUACGAUGUUUUAUUCAAGGUUCUUCUUGCAAUUAAAAUAUAAAUAUAUCUGUUGGUAGUUUACAAUGUUUCAAGUUAAGACAUCAUUUCAAGUAAGACUGCUAGAAAAUUUUAACAGACUCUCUCAUUCAUAUUGCUUUGUCAAAAACUUCUCAAAACAUCUCCAAAGCAGUCAGAACAUUAAACAACUCUAUCAUGGUACCAAUAGGUGAAUCUUUUCCAUUUAUUCAUUGUGAAUGCUUUUCCAGUACAGUGAUACCUUGGGUUAUGAACUUAAUUCGUUCUGGAGGUCCGUUCUUAACCCGAAACCGUUCUUAACCUGAGGUGCACUUUUGCUAAUGGGGCCUCCUGCUGCCGCUGCGCCGCCAUUCCUCGAUUUAUGUUCUCAUCCUGGGGCAAAGUUUGCAACCCGGAGCAACUACUUCCAGGUUAGCAGAGUUUGUAACCCGAAACAUUUGUAACCCAAAGCGUUUGUAACCCGAGGUACCACUGUAUUUGGAAUUUCAACCACAAAGGUUGGCAAUAUUUAGUGUUUACACAGUGCUUUUCUCAGUGCCUAAAGAGCUUCACAUAUACUACUAUGCUAAUGUGUAAAAUGUUCCUCGUAUGCCAGUAUUAUCCCCAUAUUGCUGAAAGAAUAGCAGCUUGCCUAAGAUCACCAAUGAGGGAGUGCAUGGCUUAGUUGCAGUUUGAGUCUGGCUCAUAGUCUUGACAUGGACACUGCACCCAAUUCUCAAAACAGCCAAAGCCCAGGGAAAACAGCAUGGCAAAUGCCCCAGGCUCACACACCUCUUGACACAUCUAUCAUAGUUUUCAAGGAAAACGAUAGUAAUUUUAUUUCUGCUUCCUCAUCCUGUCUCCUCUACCUUGGCCUACUUAUGUGGGUGAAGUGCCAAGACACCCUGGAAGUGAUCUGUGUACACAAAUGUAUUGACUUGUAUGCAAGGGCCACUGAAUCAAACAUCGAAUUCUAUGUUGAGCUGAUGUACGUGUAAUGUCAUGUAAGCUUCUGCUAGCCCCAUGGGACUACUAUAAGUCUUCUGUAGAGUUAGCUUGCUACCAGAUAUACACCAAACCUUAUCUCUCUGUGUUUUGCAGGUGCAAAUAUUCUCAGAGACUCUGCAGGGAAUGUUAAGCUGGGUGAUUUUGGUGCCAGCAAGCGGCUUCAAACAAUUUGCUUGUCUGGUACAGGUAUGAAGUCUGCCACAGGAACGCCAUACUGGAUGAGUCCAGAAGUUAUUAGUGGAGAAGGGUAUGGGAGGAAAGCAGAUAUCUGGUAUGUCUAUGCUGUUCCAAUGAAAAACAGUUGUACAAGGGUCUUAACAUUAAAUGGUAUGCUUGACACACACGUGUGUGUGUGUGUGUGUGUGUGUGUGUGUGUGUCUGUGUGUGUGUGUGUGUAUUUUCAUCUACUUAGGACACACUGUUCACAAAUCUGGAUUAGAAAGUUAUGAAGAAGUGGCAUAAUGAUAUGGCAUUAGUAAGCAGGGCAAUAUGAUUGGUCAGUUGUGUACAGAUCUGUGAAAGAAUUCAGGUAAUACAUGUGAGAAAAUGAUCUCUGGAGGAGCCUGGGAUGAUCCAUUGCCUCUUUGAUACAGCUCACAGGCUCCCAUUUUUUGAACUGAUGCUCUGGUAUGGCUUGGGUCUAGUCUACUUCAUGUUACAGGUGGGGUCUCAGAUAAUAUUUUUCCCUACAAACAAAUGUAUUCCAGAUUAUUAUUUUUUUAAAAAAUUAGCAUAUCAUGGAGAAAGCUUAGUUUUAACUCUUCACUCUGACAUUUUAUUAUUAUCGUUUAUUAUUAUUAUCAUCAUCCUGCCAUUUGUCCUGCAGGAGUCCAGGCACUUAUACAACAUGAUAAUAGUUACAAUGAUUAAAACAUCUGAAAUUCUCUAUAAUAUAGAAAAAUAUAAGCAGUAAUAAAGAACUGCUGAAUCGCCAGACAAUGUUCAUGUCCUAAAAGCUUGGGCAAGCAAAAGUGUCUUCAGUUUACAACCAAGUGUCAUCAGUGUGAUAAACAAAUGCAUUCUACAGAAAGGGAGUCCCAGGAUGCAACUACUGAGAAGGCCUUAUCUCAAGUCACCUUCCCAUGGCCCAUACCAUUGUUGGCAUCACUUGCAUUUAGUUUGGAUUAUGUUUCUGAAAGGAGAAUUAAUGAUGUGCUUCUAAUAGAUUAUUCUAGCUUCAGAGACUGCUGUGUGUGAGUUUGCUUUGUAAGAAGAUUUGUAAGUUCUUUUCUUGCAGUGAUUGCAGCUAUUUCCUUGCUUUCCAAGGUAUUUUAUGUCACUUUUCAGAAGUAUCUCACAAAGCGUUUGCAUAAGAUUAUUACAACAAUAAGCAUCGAAAAGCUUUCCACAUAAAAAAAUGCAGUUGUUUGUUUUGAAAAUGCUGUAUGCCCUUUUUCUCGACAAGGGCAAUGUGGUUCUCUCCUCAAGUCCCUGUGAGUGACAGUUGGAAGAGUUGUCUGGCUCAGUCUGACAACAGCCAGUUCUAAAAUUGAGGGGCAACUUUAAAUAUUGAAUUAAUGUAGCUCCAAACUUCGUAUUCUAAUUUUCUUCAGUACAAUUUCAGUCUCCCACCAUUUUAAAGAUUAAAUUGUAACACAAAACACUUGCUGGCCUAUGGUUUUUAGGUAAAUGUGCCUACAAGUGUACAAACCCUUUAUGGUGCUGUUGGGUAUUUUUCGCUCUAUAACACACACCCGACCAUAACACGCACGUAGUUUUUAGAGGAGGAAAAUCCGUAGGCAUGCCACCUGUAGGCAUUCCCUCCAUAACACACACAGACAUUUCCCCUUACUUUCUAGGAGGAAAAAAGUGAGUGUUAUGGUGCAAAAAAUAUGGUAAGUUAUUGAUAGAUUGACCAUUAGAUCUAGCAACAAAAUUAUUACGUUCUGAUUAUUGGCAUAAUACACACUACUCCAACAUGUGAAAGAAAUGCAGUCUUUUGAACUGAAUGUAAGUUGUGCUCUUUAGAUAUCCCUGUCUGCUUACUCUUGCAGAUAGUAGAGAUACUUAUUAGUUUAUAAGACUUCAACUUGCUUUUCAUUCUUGACUUACAGGAGUGUAGGCUGUACCGUGGUAGAAAUGCUCACGGAGAAACCACCUUGGGCAGAGUUUGAAGCAAUGGCUGCCAUCUUUAAAAUUGCCACACAGCCAACCAAUCCCCAGCUGCCACCUCAUGUCUCGGACCACGGUCGGGAUUUUCUGAAGCGAAUAUUUAUUGAGGCCAAAUUGCGACCAUCCGCAGAUGAACUGCUAAGACACACGUUUGCACAUUAUCACUGA